AUAUUAUCCGUUGCCGUUGAAAAUUUUGUAACAAGUUCCGUUGCCAAGGAAGAGUUUUCCCCUUUUUUCCUAUUUUUCCCUGAAAAUAAUGUCAAUUUCCCUGGAUGCACGGGAGGUGCUGCAUCACCUCAACGAGUUGGGCUACAUGAAUAUUACUCCACAGCAGCUGAAGGAAUUUAUUCGAGAUUUGAAGAAAUUAAUAAAAUACGACACCCUUCAGUGCAAAAUAUGCAAAACCACAAAGUGUUCCUGUGCCCAGAGGCAUCGACAGAUUCUUCUCUAUAGAGCGCCAACACUGAGCUUCCUGGCCAAAGUGCAUCGUCCGGAAAAGAAAGACGAGGAGGUGCAGAGUGAGAAUCUUCCAGCAUCGCGUCCGGAAACAGCAACAGCGAGGAGUAAAAUGUGGAUUCGGCCGAAAGUCACGCGACAGAAGAAAAGCGACCCAGUGGCAAUGCACUCAAAGUACCAGAAGGAGUGGGAGAAGUUCCGCAAUAACAUUCCCGGACAGAAUAAACAUUUAGACUUGCGAUGGUCCAUCCGGGAGAAGCUGACGAGGGAUCAGGAGACAGCAGGAAAUUAGUUAAUCUUAAGUGUUUCCUCGGUAAGCUACUUUAUUUUCAAAAUAAUAAACUGAUUACUCCUUGAAAA